AUUGCCAAUAAAUAAACAAAACAAAGGUAAUAAAGAGGCGAAAUGUUGAUUGAAAGACAAACGUUUGUUCCUUUCUUCUGGGACCCACUCCUUCGAGAAUGCGUGAUAUUUACAUGUUUUUAAGUCUCACAUAACCAGUAAUAAUUAAUAAAUAAAUACGUAUGCUAAGAAAAACACGUGUGUAAAAUGGCUUGCUUGUCUUGGGUAUUUUACCAAUAGUUCUCACAACCAAUCAUCAUCCUUGACCCUGUUGAUGUACAAGGUAAAGAGGUUCCAAAUCUCUCGAUGUAAACUGGUACCCAUUUUGCAUGUUAGUAAAAGUACCUAGUACUAAAAUAGUACCGAGUUUGUGCUGUAUGCCCCAGUGUACUUUUAAACAGUAAAGGAAUGCAUAAAUUCUUGAUUAUUGUUAUUAUGAUCUUGGUUAAAAAUGUUUACACACAAGAUGUCAUUGGAACCUCCUGCUCCCUUGAACCAACAAACUCCCCAGGAAUAUGUAAGCUCUUAACAAAAUGUAAGGAAAUUCGAGACCAAGUAGUGUUUUCGUACAAGCUCCCCCAAACUUGCGGCUUCGAAGGAACGCAAGCUAUAGUUUGCUGCCCAAAAUCUCGUCAACCAGGUUAUAUAAGUCAAAAGAAAUGUAGAGAAUACACUUCGCAGACAAAAGAGGAACAAUUAUGUGGACACAAUAUUGUAAAGCGCAUCGUUGGAGGCAUCCCGACUGGCAGAACAGAGUUCCCCCAUAUGGCGGCGUUAGGAUAUCAGACCAAUGGUACCCAUUAUUUUCGGUGGUUAUGUGGAGGAUCACUUAUAAGUGAACAAUACAUUUUGACAGCAGCACAAUGUUUGACUUCCGUACCACAAGGUAUACCAAAGGUAGUGUUGUUGGGGGUCAGUAAUCUUAGUGACACUAAUCACAGACAUCAAAUAAAAAUUGCAAAAAAUGUGGUACAUCCAGAAUACAAGAAGUUGUUCGGCUAUAACGACAUAGGACUAAUAAAACUUGAAAAACCAAUUGAAAUUAGUUCGUAUGUGCGACCAGCAUGUCUUAAUACACAAUUUGACAUUCGUGUUGGAAAAGGUGUUGCCACUGGAUGGGGUAAAACACAUCUAGGAACCUAUAGUGCAAUUCUGCUCAAGGUAACACUAGAUAUUGUAGAAUAUGAGCUCUGUAAUAAGAGUUAUCAGGGCGUUAGUGAGCUAGAAAGAGGAUUUAUAAAUGAUAUGCAUAUUUGCACAGGGAGAGGCAAAGAAUAUAAGGAUACUUGUCAGUCGAUAACAUUAUUUGGGCAUCAUCAAGUUUAACCCUAUUCCGAUAAAACUCUGCACCAGAAAGGCUUUGUGUUCUAAACUGUAAACCAUCGCACCAAGAAUAGAACUUUUGCCCGUUGGUUAGUCGUAAAAACAGCGGAAAACAGACAAUAAUGGAAUUAAUCAUGCACCUGCGUUUUUUUCGUUUUUCGUAACGCUUCCUACUACCAAAAUGGCAAAAUUAAC